GCGGCUCUUCGACACGAUCCGACGCAAGAAGAAUAGCAUCAAGAGAGCCGAGGUGAGACAGCGACUGACGCUGCGGAAGGCGUACGAGCCGGAGGGAUUGAUGGCUUUCUUGGAAGAUGUUGGCCUUAUUGACAAGAGCGCAGGAAGGAAGAAGGCCAUGCACUACAUCUCCUUCUACAAUCGUGUCGAGCGGGGUGUCCACAGCUGGAGACGGGAAGAUGAUGAUGGCCUCGAGUCCAAGGAUUUGGUCCUUGACCCCGCAGAUGUGGAAGACUUUGUCCGUGAGCUGGUUCAUGGCCAUAUUUGGUGGGGUGCAAUGGAGGAGGUGCUCAAGAAUAUCGGAUUCCCGAUGGCUUCAGAACUGAACAAAGGCGAGACCAAUCUUCUCUCUCGUGAGCAGGUCAUGUACCAGUUUGAGAUUGCGGCGGCCAAGGACGGCAUGCUGGCGAAGGACAAGUUUCUGGAUUUCUUGCGGAAGGUGUCCUGUGCCGAUGUGGCAGACGGAGCAGCCGGGCGCAUUUGGAAGGCUCAGAUGGUGAUGAUGUUGCAGCAUCUCAACAUCUGUGGCUUCGUGGGGAAGUCGCUUGACAAGGGCGAGAAGGACGCGGACGUCGCUGAUGAUGGGCUUCGGGAGAUGAGCAGGCAGCACUGGCCAAGCUGGCUUGAGAAGGCCUGGGAGGGCGUGGCGCCCAAGCUCUCGGAAGGCAGCGAUGCUAGGCCAUUUCUGCCGCGCACCCUAAUCUACAGCUUCGUGAAGUCCGUGGCCUUCUCCCGGGAAGAGAAGAGUCGCAGCAUGAGCGAAGAAUGGAAGGCAAUGAAGGUUGUGGAUGAGGAGUACGACACGUGGAAGCUGCAGAAGGACGAGGGCGAUUCAAAGAGAUAUUACGUCUGGGUCAACCGUGGCAAGAGCUUGCAACGGCUACGAGGCAUCUGGCACGAAGUCUUCCUUGACAUCUUGGCCAAGAUGGGAAGCCCAGUGCAGGAUGUGAAACAAGGGCUGCUGCUGUUCCAAGACGCGUUGCGGGAGCAGGGUCGGGCCACCGAUGAGUUCGAUGGCCUCUUGUCCGUGGACUUCAUGGUAAACCACUGGAUGCAAAAGAAGCUCGUGGAGAACACUGACGAAGUGUCGCUGCAGAUCUUCAAGGAUGCUCUAGAGAAGGCAGAGUUUACGCUGCCCACUUCCUCGGUGGAAGCACUCUGGUAUGCUGCGGACAAGACCAAGUGCACCCACCCCUCCUUGCGGCAGGUCAGGGACCUCGAAGAUCGGCUGGUGAUGUACAUGUCCAGCGGAAUGUUUUUCGAGUCCGUGCGCACGCUCAUCACCAAUGAGCUGCAGGUUCCCACCUUGCACGGGUUGGAUGCCAAGGAGAUCAAGGCAGCCUUCAAGCAGGUGGAUGAGAAGACCGGUUGCUGCGGCAUUAUCGACCCUCAUGAGGAAGCAGCACAGUGCUAUGCAAUGCUGCAGCGAGCAUGGCUGGCAGAAGCGACCGAGGCCUCCACCUCCGCAGCUGAGUACAACAUGUUGGAUGUGGCGUGCUUUUUCAUCCAAGCUUUCGAUGCCCUCGGCAAUGCCGCGGCCGUGCUCCUUCUCUCGAGCAGCCACAGAAUGUCCAAGGCUGAAGUGAGGCUGCGGAGCCGGUGCUGCAAGACGGGAACCCGUGAGAAUGUCCCGCAAAACAGUCCUUUGCAUUUAGAAAUCGACUCCACCUGGAGCAGAAAGGUGGAAGAACUCUCCAUGCGCGGGAUGACCUUGCGAAGCCUUCUGCAGUUCUAUCAAGAGAAGCUCCCUUCGAUGCCAGAUUGGACAUAUGUACCAAACGAACACAAGACCAGAGAUGUGGUCCGAAGAGCAAUCAUACCACUGACUAGCCAAGAAGAAUGUGCAUUCGCAGUUUCAGCCUUCAAUAGGGAUGGGCCAAGACGUGCGCAGGUGAUGGUGACGCACAACUGGGGCAACUCUUUUGGCGAUUUGCUGGCUGCAGUGCUUUCGGAUGCCCUACAGGAAUGCAGUUUCACCUUGCCAGCACAACUUCUGCAAGAAGAUUGCACUUUCCUUCAGGACCUUUUGGCAAAGAUGGGGUGCUUGGACGUCACUUAUUGGGUUUGCGCGUUCGCGGUGAAUCAGCACAUCAGCAUUUGCCACAGCAACCCAUAUGACCGGGACCCAUUUACAAAUGAGUUGCAUCCAGUGUGCCACUGUGGCAGCACCAACAUCGUUGACCCAGAUGGCCGAAGUGCCGCGUCAGAGAUCAACAAGUUCGACGACAUGAUGUGCCUUCUUGCGAAGACUGGAGGGUGCCGACAGGUCGUUGCAGUGGACAAAUCUCUUGAUUUGUUCAGCUGUUGGGGAGCCCACUACCUCCUCGCGGUGACAGUGGACACAGCCGAGCUCAAUGUGACGAACAGUGGGACAGAGGACUUUAGGACGGGUUUUGCUUUGAAUGUGUGGACUGUUCGUGCAAGGGAGGCCACCAUGCUUGAGCUCAAUGGUGACCAUGUUGACUUCGGUAAGUGCGAGUCGUGCAACUGCGUGUCGCACACCCUUAGUCUUGAUAGAGCUGCCUGGCUUGAUGCCAUUGUUUGCAAAUUGCGGAGAUUGAUUGGCUUUGCGGGACAGAGGGUCGGAGAGGCCUCUAAUCCGGGGCCGAAAGCCGAAAAUGGACAGAUUGCUAUGCUCAUUUCGCUUGUGCAAUUGCUUAUUCAGAUGGUGGCCAAGUUGUCCGGUAAUGAUGAUGUCCGGAGCCUUGUGACACAGGCUGAGGCUGCAGUGAAUACCCUGCAGCAACCGGCGACAGCUUCCGAACAGCCGCGCCAACCCCAGCGCCGUGUUACGGUUGAGAACGAGUGGCAGACAGUUAGCAAAAGGAGGCGCGGAAAAGGCAAAGGCAAUGGUACUGACAAGCCGUCAAGCCCUGAACUUGCCACGGGAGGUGGACCGAAUCAGCAUGUCAAUUCUGGCCAGCCGUUGGCCAACGCGGCUGGUGCCCAAUCUGGGAAAGCUGAUAGCAAGGGUGGUGGUGGUCGCGGCCAGAACGCCGAUUCAUCCAAAGGCAAGGCUGCUGGCAAAGCAGCCAAUGGAGGCAAGGCGGCAUUGCUUCCACAACAGCUCAAGCAUGAUGAGUGGGGGCUUAGGCCCGAUGAUUGGCAUGCCAAGCUUGUUCCAGCUGAUGCUCUUCCUGACUAUGCUGGCGCCGGUGAGUCGCUGUUAGUUCAUGUGAAGAAUCGUGAGGAGGCGGAGGUGUUGCAGGUUCUUGCAUCUGGGCGGGGUUUCCAAAGCUCUGCUCUGAUCGUUUGGAGGGAUGAUGAAGGCAAGCUCCAGCUGCCAUUUUGGCAGAAAGGCAAAGCGGCCUUGCAUCGUGUUAGCAUGCUGAAGUUUGAAGUCAAGGGAGUUGCGCUCGCCACCUUGAAGGGGGCGCGCACUGAGCAGAAGAUCAAGACCGUUCCAACUGUUGUCAUCAGAAUGGCAUUGGUCCAAGGUUUGGCUUCGGCUGCUGAUUGGGCAUUUGCCAACAAGAAUCUGCGGGGUUUUGCCAUUGGGCGAGCGUCCAUGGUGAAGGACCUCUGGGGUGGAGCCGUCGAGCAUAAGCGUGGGCCCACGCUUGUUGCGCUCGUUAGAGUUGACACUGCUCAGGUCAAGACUUUGUUACAGAAGAGUGGCGUUGGUGGCUUGUUUUGGGAACCUUUGAGCCGUACAGUUGGUGACAAGACUUUGGUGGUCAGGUGGAUUGAGGCCAAUGAUGGUGAGGAGGACAGCGACUACCUUCAGCGCUGUCUGUUACAGAAGCCCGAAUGGGGAUUGGUGGUGGGCAGGCGGCAGCUUGGUGUUCGAGUUGACCAGCAGCACGAGACUGUGGUGCGAGCGUGGCGUCUUUCUCAUGUGCCAGCAGAGUGGACCCAGGAUGAAGUGGCAACCAUUCUGAGUGAUGCUGGAUUGGAGCAAGUUACGCUCACUGGGCGCAUGUCGCGCAAAGGCGGGAUCACCUGGUUUGUCAGGGCGGCUUCCAAGCAUGACGUUGUGGCCAUUCCGGUGCAGCAGGGCAGCGGUGACACCUGCACGCUUUACUUGUUGCCUGCUACACCUUCGAGGCAAGGCCCAGCGAACCGUACCCCGCUUCCGCGCCAAAGCACUAAGAUUGAAGUUGCGCAGUUCAAGGUGGUGCAGAAGCCGGUGGAUGCAAGCGGAGACGCCAAGGCUGCUGACGACCAAGGGGCGGCCAAGCGAUUGGCAGUCAGCUACCGAGAGGUGCCUGACGGCACCAAACUUGUGGCCAUUCCUCGGGAUGGCGAUUGCCUUCCCGCCUCCAUCUCCCAGGCCAUUGCGUGGCAUAAGGGCUCUGACAAGCCGAUGCCGGCGAGCCGUAUGCGGGCGGAGGUCAUAGCGUACAUGAACCGCAAGAAGGAGUUCUACCGGGGCUUCUGGGAUCAGCGGGAAGAUGCUGCUCUUGACGAACGUCUCCGUCAGGGCGCGCGUGAGCUCGCUGACUUUCUGGAGCCUGAGAGUGCCAUUCAGGAGCGCAGUGGGACUGAGGUGCCGCGUGGCAAUCAUGAUGUCGAGGCUGUUCCCUGGCCGCAGGCCGACAGGAGCAUGGGCAUUCGCUACAUCUGUGGCCGAUGCCACCGUAUGCAUGCCAGGGCUUGCCUCUUCAGGGAUGGCACGUGCACGGGCGCCAAGGCUUUUGCCAAGUACAGAGACAGUUGGCUUCGGGAGCUCAAGCCGUGGCUUGAGGAUCCAGGCUAUCGUGGCAAGGCAGCACGUGCUGCAAAGCAGAAGCUGGGAAUUGAGGAUCAAGCUGCUGGUCCGGAGAUUCCUGCUGGAUUGGCGACUGGCGGGGCAUGUGGGGCGCAGUUGGUUCUUGAGCUGGCUUGUGAGUGGAAGUUGGACGUGUUGUUUCAAGUCCUGGAUGGCUACCGGGAGGGCGAGGCUGAGGCGGCUGAAUUGCUUUCGCAUCUCUUUGAACACGUGGCGACAUUGGGUGAAGAUGCUUUGCUCAUGGGGGAUUACAACCUUACGGAGGGGGAUUACCCUAUUGCAGAUGCCCUCGCUUGCGGCGCUCUUAGGUCAUUGGUCCUGCUGACCAUGACCUUGUCUUUUAUGAUGUUGCUCUUCCUGUUGGAGCACAAGGUUGAAGCCAAGCAAUGGGAGGACAGCUGGCAUCAGCAUGAUGAUGCUUUCAAUGCUUUGCUCGAGCGAGGGGAGUUGGAUGAAGCUUGGACGCUCCUCAGUCUUAUUGCGGAGAACACUCUGCGAUGUGACGGUAGCGGUCGGCGCCGUGCUCAGCCCGCUCGGCCUCAGAGAGCGCUGCGUGCCUCCACGAAAGCGCCCACGAUUCAGACUGUGUUUGAGCGAAGAUGUCGGCGCCUCAUGCGCCGGAUUUCUGAGGCCAUGCUUCGUCAUCAUGAUUUGCAUCAACAGAGGCGCUUAGAGCACAAAGUGUGGAGACAGGCUGCCUCUUCUGGGUUUCAGGCUACGUCACUUCCUGAGUUACUGCUCGAGGUCACUGUUGCGGCUGAUUCGGCGGCGGAGGAGGGCAAUCGUCAGCGUAUUGAGUCUUGGAGGGAGCGAAUGCGGAUUGAUGUCAAUCAGGCUACAAGGUGGGUUACGAGGGCUGUCCCCCCUGCUCUUUUUGUUGAUGGUGACUGGACGGCGCCUUUGACGCCCCAAGAGAAGUUGGAGGAGGCACAUGGAUUUUGGUCCAGAUGGUGGGAGCGGGAUGGGGAUUAUGAUGGUGAGGCUACUGCGGCUUUUCUUCAUUCCCACUUUCCCCCCGCCACUCCCUGCGAAGAUUCUGUGCUUGAACUUUCUGUCGAGGAAUUGAUGGCGGUGGUUCGCAAGCAGCGCCGGCGUGCCACUGGUAUGGACGGUUGGGCAGCGAGACAGCUGGCUUGCCUCCCCGCUCCUUUCUGGCAUUGCAUUCUGCGACUAUGGGCUGCAAUGAGGCGACAUGGUAGAGUGCCUACUGUUUGGAAGGAUGUCAGGGUCUCAUUAAUUCCCAAAGCUGAUGGCUCGCAUCGGCCAUUGGCGAUUAGUUGUGUGCUCUGGCGGACCUUGGCCUCUGCUACCUGUCGCCGGCUUCGUGACUGGGCUGGGGCCACGUUUCCCGAUGAGAUCCAAGGGGGUGUUGCAGGGAGGAGCAUCAACAGCGUGCACAACCACUUGUUAGCUGAUUUAGCUCAGGCAACGGGGGGUCGUCGACCCUUGAUGGGGAUCAAAACUGACAUCCGCAAGUUUUUCGACAGUCUGCGCCCGGCUCAGACCGUUGACGCUGCCGUGCACUUGGGGUUGCCUUCCACUUUGGCCUCAGUCAUUCGGGAUUUUUAUCGUGGUCAGCAGCGUUAUUUGGUGAUCGAUAAGGUUGUGCACCGAACGCCUAUUGCAGUGUAUACUGGAUUGCAGCAGGGUUGUCCCUUUUCAGUUGCGCUUGCGAAUUGCGUUAUGGUUUUUUGGUUGCAUACAAUCCAGCGGGUUUCGCCGACUGUCUCUAUCAAACUUUUCAUUGAUGAUCGUACAUGUUGGGACAAUUCGGAGCAGGCGGCGAGUGCUUUGCAACGUGCUGCAAAGGCAGGGAGUGAGGUUGACGCUCAUUUCAAUGUGAGGGUUCACCCUGGCAAAGUCGCUGCUUUUGCUACGACGGCAGCUGCGAGGCGGGCCUUGAGUGAGUUUUCGAAUGAUCUUGGCACUGUCACGGAUUCUUUUAGGCUGUUGGGUGUUUACUAUACCAUGAAGAGGGGGCGAGUUGCGCCUGACAAUGGCGAGCUCAGCAACCUGGUGCAGGUGAGGUGCGAACGGGUGGCUAAGGCAUGCAGGCAUCUCAAAAUGCGUGCCAUGAUACUUCGCAGCGUGGUGGUUUCUGCAUUGACCUGGGCGGCCUGUUGGCAGCAGCACAGGGCUCACACGAGACAGAGGUGGCAGAGUCACAUUGAGAAGGCGCUGUGGGCAGGCAAAGUGCCCUCGCGCCGCUCGCGCUUGCUUUCACGCACUGUCAUAGGAGGUCCAAUGCUGGAUCUGGAGUUUGCGGCUGCAGUCGUGCUUCUGCGUGUCGAGUGGAAACGGCGCGCUCUUCAGCUUCAGAACGUUCCGGUCCAGCCUGCUCCUCGUGGCUGGAACAAGCUGUGUGAAAAAUGGGGUUGGAGUGAAGGUCCCGAUUUGCAGCUGAGCACACUGCUGGGCCUGUAUUCACCGAGGUGGCACACUAUCGGCUCCUUGCUGCUGGCAGCGGAGCAUGCUUGGCAGCAGGACCUCUGGAAUCAGGAAACUCGCACUGCAUUUGAAGGUCCGUUAGGCAGGCGGGCCCUAGUGUUGUGUGAGCACAAAAACGUCGCCGGUCUCUCCAACCGUAUGGCUUUCCGCGCUGCUACUGCCGCUGCGAUCGACGGCGCCUUCCUCCAGUAUAUGGGCGUUCCCUCCACAUGCGAUUGCGGUGUGCAAGCGCCUUCGGCUGAGCAUUUGAUUUUUCAUUGUUCUGGUGCACCGCCUGAGCUGAUGCAGGGGAGAUCUUUGGCGGAGCGCAAGCUUUUGCUGCUUGCGAUUCCUUUUGAUAGGGUGCCAGGCAACAUGGAUGUGGCUUUCGACGAUGAGCUCCUCCAGGUCCUUCGAGGAGCUUCGCAAAGAGAUGAGACCAUACUCUGUGCCACGGAUGGAGGUUGCUUGAUCAAUCCUGGGAUGGAGCGAUGGCAGCGCGGCGCCUGGGCAGUCGUCGUCAAGGUUGGUGCGGUGGAAACUGUCAUCAUCUCUGGUCUGCUCCCUGGACCGGAGCAGACACCAGCUGCUGCUGAGAGGAUGGCUUUGGCUGUCUUGGGUGUGCAUGUGGAGGGCACUGGCGUUCAUGGACAUGUUUUCUCCGAUAAUGAUGCUGCGAUUCGUCGGCUGCGCCGGAGCUGGGGCGGAGACUUUUCCGGACCCCUGGCGGUGUUUUGGCAACGUGUAGCGCAUGGGCUACGAGGCCUGGACGCCUCUUGGGUGCCCAGCCAUGGCAAAUGUCCCGCUUGGCAAGCGCCCGCUGGUUGCGACUCCCGGGAGGUGAGACGACUCAACUCCAUUGCUGAUGCUGCUUGCUCGCGGCAGUUGAAGGGCAUUGAGCGUCAGUGGUGGCACGAUGUUGCUGCUUACCAAGCGGCUUCUGCUUGGACGAAGACUGCUCUUCUGCGUUUGAUGGAUGUUUCGAAGCCGUUCACUGAUCGCGCAGUCGAGCAUUAUGGGCGGUUUCGUGCUCAGGCUGCUCUGUGCAAGCGGAGUAUUGGCAUCUCGCAGCUGUUGCUCUUUCGACGACUGCAUGCUGAUGACGCUUUGGUGGCCAAACGCUUGCAGAUGGAGCAAUCCUUGAAACUGUCGUCCAAAGCAGUGCUACAAGAGCGCGCUCGGACACUCGAAAACUUGGAUGUGCGGAACAUGCGUGCCUCCUCGGACAAGGACAAAGAACACAUCCUUGGCAAGAUCAAGGACAUCAACGAUUUCAAUGCCAAGCUUCAAGUGCUGAUUUUUGAUCCCAAAGCCGGCCUUGUUGCUACGUGGCAUGCCAUGGAUAGCCCGCAGCAGAUUGGUGAGGUCUGCGAGCUGCUAUUGCUGCUGUCCCAGGAAGGGAUGGACCUGCAAACGGUCCAGGCAUCCUUUCAGCAGCUCCACAUGAAUCUGGAUCCUGAUGCCAUCCAGGAUGCCUUCAUGAUUGCCGGACGCCCGGAGUUCCUCAGCCUCAUCGACAAGCUCGUGGACCAGGUCAUUCCAGAGUCGAUCUUCGAGUACAUGGGCCUCUUGCGGCAUCAGAUCCUGUCGAACGUCGUCAUGAAAGUGACAACGAUCUUGACCAUGUUCCUGUUUGUCUUUGUGUCCUUGAAUGCCUUCCACGUGAACGUGGGGCAGAAGGCGACCACUGCAGGCUCCUCCAUGAUCCGAGCAGCUCUCGCAGGUUUGGCUCUGCUCGGGCUGCGCAAUGACAACUCCCCCGAGUACAUGGAGAAGCAAUACAACAUCGCCAGGGAGCAGCUGUACCGGAUUACCGGGGUCUCGCGCUCACAGCUCGAAGCGCGGCGGCGCGGUGCGGCAGGGGGUGGCCUCGGCCUAGGCAUCGGCAUGUCCUUUGCGAAAGGACGUGCCAGGCGUGGCGGCGGCGGUGGCAGCAUGUUCGGCAAGGACGAGGAAGAAGAGGAUGCCGACGGUGGCGACAUGUGA